UGCAAAGUUUUGCUUAACUAUAAUAAGCCAUAAUUAAAAUUAACUUUUAAUGUUUUUAAAGUCAAAAACAAAAGCUUAAAAUUCAUCUAAAGAAAAAACUUUAAACUUUGAAGAACAAUUAAACUUUUUUAAAAUGAUUAUGAUUGCAGGAGUCGAUUCAUACGUUUCCAUGGAGACGACGGUCUUCGGAGCCGGACUUGGAAUGUGCGUUCUUGUUGUAAUUUUUUUCCUGUAUAUGAAUCGGAAGUGGUGUUUUAGUCAUACGUCUGGAAGCUUUCCUUGCUGUGACGAAAAAUCUCUGUCAACAAAAACAAUUCAUUCAUUUAGAAGUAGUCGUUAUCCUUAUCAUGAAAAUUCGAGUUCCGAUUCAGAAGAGGAAAUUCUUAGACGAUUAAAAUUGCAGCAAUCAAUAAGUUUACAAAGCGGCCAAAUAGCAAAAUAUGGUGGAUUCAGUAGUCCAUUGAAUCAAUCAAUAAAUUUAGAUGGCUUUCAACCCAUUCCAAUCGACAAUGUCGUGUCAUCAUCAACGAAACCAAUAAAAUAUAGCUCAUCAAGAUCGAGUAAUUUUCAUCGGUUUAAUAACGCUAACAGUAAAAAUCGUGACUUACUCGGGCAAGCUGAAAGGGGGAAAAUUGGAUCAUCUCAUACCAGUAGUGAAUGUAGUUCAAAUAGUUCAGUAGAAGCUUCAGUCGAAAGUAACAUGGGUCUUAUUAAUCAUGAGAAGAAAGAUCGAAGACAAAUCCAUCCAGCAUUAGAAAGAACAGCACCAUUAAGAGAUUCCAAAAUUGAGAGAAGAAAUAGUGGAUGCAAAUCAUUAAGAUCAAGUAUUGUUCAACAAGAUAGUCUUGAAGACGUCCCUGAUAUCAAUGGCAGCAGCAAUCAAGAUUGCAUUGUCGAUGUUCAGGAGCCAAUGUUCGACACCAGUGACCUUAAAUCAUUGAAAUCUGAACUAGAUUUGAAUCCACAAAGUCCAACUGCUUCGCUUUUAGAGCGUGGUGGUAGUAGCAGUCUUGAAAUUGCACUUCUUUACGACGCUCCAAUGCGAAAAAUGACUGUGCAUGUUCUUCAAGCUCGCGGUAUCCCAACAAGAGAAAAGACCACAACACACACUCAAGUUAGAUUACUAAUCCUACCAAGUAAGAAACAAAAGCAUAAAACGAAAAUACGAAGCGGGGAAAAUCCACAAUUUAUGGAAAGCUUUUUAUUACAUCGCGUGAACCCUGAAGAAGUUAACUCAAUGGGACUUCGUGUCCGUGUUUAUGGUUGCGAACGAAUGAGACGAGAACGACUGAUUGGUGAAACAAUAAUAAGCUUUGCAACCAUCGAUUUGGAUUUGGAGACGAAUUUAUGGUUGCCAUUGGAGCCGCGAAAUAGUUCAGUUUUGAGUGGAUCAUCAAGCGAUUUACUUAGUUUAGCAAGAUCAGAUAGCACGGGAUCAACAACAUCAAUGCAGCAUGGUGGUGUGCCUGAGUUGCUUAUAGCCCUUGGUUACAAUGGCACCACAGGUCGAUUAACUGUUGAAAUAGUUAAAGGAAGUCAGUUCAGAAACUUGUCACUUGGAAAAGCACCAGAUACCUACGUGAAAUUGUGUUUAGUUAGCAGUAUGGGACAAGAAAUUGCACGUUCAAAGACAUCCACCAAACGUGGUCAACCAAAUCCAUUAUUUAAGGAAACUUUUAUCUUUCAGGUCGCCCUUUUCCAACUAAACGAUGUCACUUUAAUGAUUUCUGUAUACGCGAAGAGAAACAUGAAACGAAAUGAAAUGGUUGGAUGGUUUUCAUUAGGCCUAAACUCAUCGGGACCCGAAGAAGCACAACAUUUUAACGAUAUGCGUGAUGCCGCAAACAUAAAUGGACAAGUUGGAAAAUGUGAUUUGAUUGCGAGGUGGCACGUUUUAGUGAGGUUGUCUCCACGACGCAACAGUUUAACAAACUUCAUGAAGCGUUUAUCGAAGGAUAAUAACAUGAACAAGAAAGACGACUCGUGUACCGUCGAUAUUCUUGAAGAUUUGUUGCCUGGUGAUGAUCUCAACUUUGUAUAA